CAAAUGUAUCAAUCAUACAACAUAAUAUUAAGCAAAUUUUGUAACGAAUAUGUGGUAACUUUACCGCCUAUUAUGUACAUGUUGUCGCUAUCCAAUCCCUCUAUAUAAAUCACUACCACUUCAUUUCACAAUAAUCUUAACUCAAACAUCUGUGCCACACCAACACUGGAAAGCUCUCUCUCUCACUCACACACAAACUCAUAUUAUAGCAAAGAAGAGUACUUCCCCUUUCAUGGAGUUUUUGGGUACUGGUAUUUACGUUACUUUCUUUUUAUGUACUCUUCUGCUGUAUUACUUAAUAAAAAAGGCGAAAAUCGGACAAAAACACGAGGCCAAGCUUCCUCCUGGCUCAAUGGGAUUACCAUAUUUUGGCGAGACUCUUCAGCUGUAUUCUCAAGACCCGAAUGUCCUAUUCGCAACCAAGCAAAAAAGGUACGGAGAUGUAUUCAAAACUCACAUUCUUGGCUGCCCUUGCGUGAUGCUGGCAAGUCCCGAAGCUGCUCGGUUUGUAUUAGUCACACAUGCCAGCUUGUUUAAACCUACAUACCCGAAAAGCAAAGAGAAGUUGAUCGGUCCUUCCGCGUUGUUCUUUCAUCAAGGAAAGUAUCAUGCUCGCCUCAGGAAGCUCGUACAGAAUUCUUUAUCUCCUGAGGCAAUUCGAAAAUUAAUUCCAGAUAUUGAAGUCACGGCCAUUUCUACCUUGGACACAUGCGUCAAGGCACGACUCACCAACACCUUUCAAGAGAUGAAGAAGUUCUCUUUCGAAGUUGGCAUCCUCUCUAUAUUUAGUCACUUAGACACCAGUUACAAGACUGAAUUGAAAAAAAACUACUGCAUUGUAAAUAAGGGUUAUAAUUCUUUUCCAACAAGGUUACCGGGAACAGCAUAUCAAAAGGCUACAAAGGCAAGAGACCGAAUUACUCAUAUCCUGAGUAAGAUUAUCCGAGAGAGAAGGGACAAAAGGUUGUCACAAAAGGAUCUUUUAGGUCAUCUACUCGACUUCAGAUAUGACAACGGAUCACAGACAUUAACUGAUGACCAGAUCGCGGAUAAUAUCAUCGGAGUACUUUUUGCUGCCCAGGACACAACAGCCAGUAUGAUAACUUGGAUUCUCAAGUACCUUCAUGAUGACCGUAAACUUCUUCAGGCUGUCAAGGAUGAACAAAUGUCAAUAUGUGAAUCAAAUAAUGGGGGGAAGCUGCCAUUGACGUGGGCUCACACUCGAAAUAUGCCAAUAACACUCGGGGUAAUAUUAGAGAGCUUGAGGAUGGCAAGUAUCAUAUCGUAUACCUUUAGGGAGGCAGUGGUUGAUGUGGAAUAUAAUGGAUACCUUAUACCUAAAGGCUGGAAGGUGAUGCCAUUGUUCAGGAACAUCCACCAUAAUUCUGAGUUCUUCACUGAUCCUCAAAAGUUCGAUUCAUCUAGGUUUCAGGUUGCUCCAAAACCCAAUACUUACAUGCCAUUUGGCAACGGAGUGCAUGCCUGUCCAGGAAAUGAACUUGCGAAGCUGGAGAUCCUAAUUUUGAUCCACCAUCUGGUUACCAAAUAUAGGUGGGAUGUGGUUGAUUCCAGCGAUAUGAUUCAGUAUUGCCCAUUUCCAGUCCCUCUGCAUGGACUGCCUGCUAGAUUUCGGAAAGAUCAAACACAAAGUGUUGCUAUAACACCAUCCAACACUUCAUAAAAUCAAUUAUGAGUGUAAUGAGCUAGAGCUUGAGUGUGGCCUCCCUAGUUUCUUCUCCAAAAAUCAAUUAAUUCUUCCACUAUUACAAUAUAAUUCUAGCUACUUGUACUACAUAUUGGAAUAUUAAUUCAUAUUAAUUUAUCUCACUUGAUCAAUAAAUAAAUAAUGAAUUCCCACGCAAGCACAUUUUUA